GGCGGCUCCUCCCGGACUACAUGUCCCGGCAUGCCCCGCUCCGGACCCUCCUCGCGCGCUGGGAGCAGCAGACAGACGGGACUGAGCUCUGCUCCUGCUGCAGACCGAUCACCCGGAGGACGCCGCUCAUACAGGAAUAAUGCUUUUUGAGAUCCUGGUUGCCCUUCUAGUCGGGGCGCUCCUUUACUAUUUCCUGUUUAGAGGAAAAGAUGAGACCUUACCCAUGGGAGAUGGCUGGUGGGGCGCCGGGCCAAGAAAAGGUGACGAGAGUGAAGAGAUUCAUCCCUUUAAAAUCGAGACGUCUGAAGAAGAAUUGAAGGAUUUAUUCCGCCGCAUUGAUGAGACCCGUUACGCUGAGCCUCUUGAGGGCAGCCGCUUCAACUAUGGCUUCAACUCCAAACAGCUCAAGAAAGUGGUGUCUUACUGGAAGGAAGGCUUUAACUGGAAGAAGCAACUGGAAAUCCUGAACCAGUACCCACAUUUUAAGACCAAAAUUGAAGGUAUCGAUAUCCAUUUCCUCCACGCAAAGCCAAAAAACCUUCCGGCUGGCCGGAGAGCUAAGCCCAUCAUCAUGGUUCACGGCUGGCCCGGAUCAUUCUAUGAAUUCUACAAAAUCAUCCCCCUCCUUACGGAUCCUGCCAGCCACGGUCUCAGCGAAGAGCAUAUCUUUGAGGUGAUCUGUCCAUCUAUUCCUGGAUAUGGAUUCUCAGAAGCCUCCCACAAGCAAGGAUGUGACUCUGCUGCUGUUGCUCGGAUCUUUUACAAGUUGAUGCGGAGGUUGGGCUUCCAGGAGUUUUAUGCGCAGGGAGGGGACUGGGGAUCGAUGAUCUGCACAAUCCUUGCACAGAUUGCUCCCAGCAAUGUCAAGGGCCUGCAUCUCAACAUGGUCUUUGUGUCAAGUGGCAGUCUGUCGGUGGUGCUCUCCAUAUUUCUCGGUCAGUGGUUCCCAGGGCUUUUUGGCUUUGAGCAGGAGGACCUAAGGAGGAUGUUUCCCUUUGUGAAGAAGUUUUUCUAUCAUACUUUGAAGGAGAGCGGCUACAUGCACAUCCAAGCCACCAAGCCCGAUACUGCAGGAUGUGGACUAAACAGCUCUCCUGUGGGGCUUGCUGCUUAUAUUCUGGAGAAGUUUUCCACGUGGACCGAUCCUGACUUCCGUGACUAUGAGGACGGUGGCCUGGAGAAAAAAUACACCUUGGAUGACCUUCUAACCAACGUCAUGAUAUACUGGCUGACCGGCUCCAUUGUGUCUUCCAUGAGGCUCUAUAAGGAAAACCUUGGCAACGGACUUGGCACGGCCAAGCAUGACAAAUUACCUGUCAAGGUCCCAACUGGAAUUGCUUCCUUCCCAAAUGACCUGCUGCAUUGUCCCCUCUUGUGGGCCAAGCAGAAAUUCCUCGACAUCGUCUCCUAUAAUAACAUGCCGCGAGGAGGCCAUUUUGCAGCCUUUGAGGAGCCGGAGCUUCUGGCUAAAGAUAUCCAGCAGUUUGUAAGGAAAGUGGAACAGAAGUAAAGACGCCCCCAACACUAGAUGACGGAGGCAGAAUGUAUCGUCGCUGCUGCGGGCCGUACACUGAGAGCGGGCUUCUGCCCUCAUAGCACUUAGAUAAGUUUGUGUAUUUUUUGUAGAAAUUUCUUCCGUAAAAUAAAAACAUAUUGUCAG